AUGUUUGUUAGAAACAAACCAAACACAAAAAAACCAGCCAUCUGCAAGAAGGGAAAUGAAUGUGCCGCAAACGAAUAUGCCUGUCAUGAUGGAUCGAAGUGCAUACCAGCAUCAUUAUUUUGCGACGAAAAGUCUGAUUGCGACGAUGGCAGUGAUGAAACGGUUUACACCGACCAACAACUGAAUGGAGAGAUAGUGUGCGACGCACUCGAUGCUGAAAUUUCCGAUAAAAAAUGUUUGUUGCCGACAAAAUAUGUCUGUGAUGGGAAAAGACAUUGUGUUGAUGGUGUUGAUGAAUGCAUGUGCAACAAUACAGAAGGAGAAAAUGUGCAGUUAAAUGAGCAUUGUUUUCGUUGUCUCAAUCAUCCGACUAUAAUCAAGUUUGGAUAUUUGUGCGAUGGAAUAUUUCAUUGUCCUGAUUUAUCUGACGAAUGCAUUUGUAGAAAAAGUGGAAAUAUACCAUCUAUAUGCUUUGACGUAAACUGGGGAAAAGCUAAUGCAAAUUCGCUUACCCAGCAAUGGGAAUGCAGUGCCGGUAAUGAUUCAGCUGUAAUUACUACAAAAGAAAUAUGUGAUCAAAACAUAGAUUGUGAGGACUCCUUGGACGAAAUAGACUGUGAAAAUCGUUGUGCAGGCUCAUCAGUGGACGCUGAAGAAGUGAAAACCUGCGAAAAAGAUUACCAAUGUUUAGAUCAAGCAAAAAUGGCAAAGCGAUGCGACGGUAUACUCACUUGUCGACAGUCAAUGGUGGAAGAAUGUGUAAACGAAUGUUCUGAACGGCCGGAAUUUUGUUCAGGGCUUAGUUGGUAUGCAAACAUUAGAGAAACAAUUCACGCAUCUAAAAUUUGUAAUGGAAUUAAAGAUUGUCCAAAUGGAGAAGAAGAAAAUGGCUGUACACGCAGGUAUUAUUGCGAAUCCGGUUCUACAAUACAUAUAGCAAACGCAACAGUUUGCAACGGACAAAAGGACUGUGACGAUUCGAGUGAUGAGAUGAAGUGUGGCAAUAAAACACAUUUUUACUGCAAUGAUAGUGGGGAACCAAAAUUCAUUGCAGCACAACAGGUUUGCGAUGGAAGCGAAGAUUGUGCUGGCGGAGGAGAUGAAUGCCUUGAAAAAUGUAUUUCUAGUGUAUUCUCUAAUGCUGAUUUGAUGAUCAGUAAUAAACUCUUCGUAGCAUUGACUUGGAUUAUCAGUUUAGUUGCACUUGUUGGAAAUUUAAUCGUUGCUGGCAGAUCCAUCCGUAAUAUUUUCUUUCCAAGAAGGCAACUUUCGAAGAAUGAAUUAAUCAAUAAAACCUUGAUAUUCAAUCUGUCGAUAUCAGAUUUACUCGUAGGGAUAUAUACACUAUCGGUGUGUAUUAAGAAUGCGACAAUAACGAAAGGCUACUGUCGUACAGACCGGGAAUGGAGAAGUGGGCCUACAUGUUCUGGUCUUGGAGCAUUACUUUUGAUUGGAUCAGAAAAUUCUGUAUUCACGCUGACCAUUAUCACAGGAUACCGAUUGAAAUCUGUACUCCGUCCUUAUGCAAAAAGUACAACGAUGAAAUUGGUUUUAUUCAUGAUCGCAUUUUCAUGGACUUUUUCAAUACUGCUUGGAUUGAUUCCUAUUGCUGUUGGCACUCGGGACUUUUUUGUCGAUAGUAUUUGGUACGACAAAAAUCCAUUGUUUUCAACUAUUGACAGAAGUGACGCAAAAAGUGUGACUCGAUGGCUUAUACCUAAAGAGAAGUAUGACGACGAGUCAACUGUGCAUGCGAUUGGAACAUGGUCGUUGUUGGAAUCUCAGAUCAAGGAUUUGAAUCCAGAAUAUAAGGUUCAGCGAAGAUUUGGAUAUUAUUCAACCCACGGAGUUUGCCUUCCCACGUUGUUUCCUGACCGCCAUUUGGACACUGCUUGGCCUUACUCGCUUUUCAUCAUUAUCAUAAACUUCAUCGCAUUUUUCUUCAUUUUGAUUGGAUACAUCAAAAUAUACAGAAAAGCGAUAGAAAAGAAUUUCGCUGUAAGUGAUGAAACAAUGGCGGAAAGAGCUGGGCGAAUGCAGAGAAAAGUCACUCGAAUUGUCGUUACUGAUUUUCUUUGUUGGAUGCCAAUUUGCCUGAUGGGAUUUUUACAGGUUUUUGGCGUUCCUAUAUCAAAGGAUGCGUACGUUCCCGUUAGUUUGAUCAUUAUUCCAAUCAACAGUGCCCUGAACCCUUUCUUAUAUUCCGAUGCACCGGACUACAUUUGGGAAAAGUCCCACCCUGCCAGAUCUUGGAUAUAUAAAAAUACGCUGGGACAUUGUAUCCAUGACAAAGCGAAGGGCAAAAAGGGCACUCAACUACACAGCGAUUCAAGUCAACCGAUGGCAUCUGGGGAUACUAGAUCGACAAGGGUUGAAGAAACUACUUCACCAAACCAUGGCGAAACCAAUUUGUAAAGAGAAAUAGCUGAAGAGAAGUUGGAACUUGUCAUCUUUCACUGGGACUACUAACAUUGGGAUGUUAAUAGAUGGCGCGGAACGCCGACAGCUUGUUACGUUAGUUCAAAUCGUUCAGAAAUGGCUUUGUUACCAGGAUAUAUAUAUCACCUUUAUAUUUUCAUCAUGUUUACAAACUUGGAUAAAUUUUCAUACUUGCAAAAUAAGGUGCAUUUAUAUUCGUAACAGAUUUUGAGAAUCAGUGUAGUACAUUAAUCGACUAUAAAUAGCUGCUGUUCUGAACGAAACUAAAUCAGUUUGCCAAUUUAAUUUCUUUUGUGAAAAAAUAGUUCGUAAUGCAAGAUGAACUGUCAGAGAAACGAGCUGCCCCUAUAUAUAAUCAACAACUGAUUGUGACUUGGCGAUUGUGAACGAUUUUCAUAUCACGAUGCU